AACUAUCAUACUCCGUUGUCUAUCCUCUAACCGCGAUAGUGGAUGGCGGCUUUGGUCGGGCGUAUAGGUCGACGAGCCAUCGUUCCCCGAUGUCAAUUCCCGAGUUUUUCGUCCGCGGUCAAAGAAAUGAACGACGGCUUGCGACAAUCGAAUGCCAUGUUAGGAAACUAAUGUCUGUGGCAGAUACACAUAUCCCUUGCGUAAGACCACCACCUUAUGCAGUCUUGUAGGAUUUAUAGCGUCAGAUGUCAAGCCACCGAAACACGACGGUAUGAACAGAGAGCCUCGCUCUAGAUCGGCUCCGCGUACUCCUGAUGAGCAAAUCAAGCCAAGGCAUGACCCCUGAAACACAACAUGCCAUCGGCGACUUGGGACGAUACGUCACGACACCCUAGACCGCGUAAUGCGCUGACUUCCGUUGCCCGUUACCUCACAUGUCCUCCAUUCCCGCACGUUGGCUAACCCAGCACUCCUCAGCCUCACCCGUAGCAUGCAGUCUAUCUAUUUACUGGAGUGCAAUUGGGCAGAAUUGAAUAGCGGCCUUGGCAUCGCGGCGAAGAUGCUCAGCCGCAGGCCCACCUCCUAAAGAACGCGCAUAAGCGCUAAUUUUCGCCUAUGCGAUUCCCAAUUCCACGGUAAAAUCCAGGGGAUGUGUGAGCUACGAAGCUUCAGUAUAUAUUCAAUUGUCUAUUCACUCUAGACAUCUUGACCGGCUUCGACAUAUACGGGGAUCCCUUCUCUUACCCACCUUACCAUUGCAGAAACUGCUCCACAGUGAGGCGUUCUAUCUCGACGUUCUCUUUAUACCCCUGUCUACAUUAGCAAAGAUGCCGAGGAAGAACAAAGGCGUGCGCAAAUGCCAUGUCAAGUCGAGAAACGGGUGUGUUCAAUGCAAGCGCAGGAGAGUUAAGUGUGAUGUCAAACAACCCAUAUGCUCUUCCUGCUCCCGCCGGGGCGAGGAUUGUCAGUAUCCCGAUAUGUUCGGCAAUAGCUACUAUCAGUCUUUGCAGGCCUCUUGGCCGCAGAUGCUAUCCGCCAGACCUGCAAAUAUUCUACAUCCAACUUCUCACACCGAGUUCGAAAUACUUGAACAAGUUGACGGUCAGCUCACCGCAAUACAACCAGCUGCUGGCCCCAAACCAGACUAUACGGGUCUCAAGAUAAUGUCCAUAGGAAUAAUUCGAUUGGUCAUGGAACGAGCGAACAUGCCACCGGGAGAAACAGUACUAUGGGCCAAUUCCAUGGCUGAGAUAUGCGUAGAGAAAGACUAUAUUAUGCACACUGUCAUGAGUCUUGCUUGUGGCCUACAAGAUGUGCUGAGUAGACCAGACAAGAUGGUUGGAGAUAAAGCAUACGAGCACAACAUCAAGGCAUCGUCACUUUUUCGGCAGCAGACCGAGGUAAUCGAUUCGAGUAAUUGGCUCCCUCCUAUCAUGUUCCAUGUCCUCACUGUCGUAUUUCGACUCUACUCGCAAGCCUUUUGUGCACCAGAAGACUUCUCGUUAGUCGAUACAUUGAGACUAUUCAAAAGCGGCAUGGCUAUUGUACGACAAACAACUGGAUUCGUUAUGAAAUCCCCAUUUUGGGAAUUUAUAGUUGCGCGAACAGGAUUGCAAACAAAGCUCAAUACGGACAACGAACCUUUUCUCUAUGAGAGUCUGGGAUUCCUAGAAAGCGUUCUCUCAGGGGAAGAAGAGAAUCCGUUCGCUACCGAGGAACAGCAAUAUCAAGCACGUGUUCACCGACAGGGGCUCGGAGCUCUGUACGGGUGGAUAGAGCACUGCGACGCGCUGCCUCGAUCGUGGCCACAUUACUGCGGCUGGCCGAGUCUUUUGUCAGAUGAAUUCCUAGAUCUGGUCGAGCAAAAGAACGAGUUUGCUCUCCUUCUGGUCAUACAUUGGUGCGGGCUCCUGUAUCGCUCGAAUAAACCGGGCGUCAAGGCAUGGGCUUAUCGGGCGGGUCACGAUGCUUUAUCAGGGAUUCAGCACCCAGAGUGGUGGAGUGAUGCCCUGGAUUGGCCGCUCAAAAUGCUACUUCCGUUAUGGUGA